UAUCUCAUUUCCCUUUUCCUUUUUCUGUUGAAAAGAAGAAUAGUAAUGGUGAAGUUCUCAAAGGAGCUUGAAGCUCAACUAAUACCAGAAUGGAAAGACGCCUUCGUUAACUAUUGGCAACUCAAGAAACAUGUGAAGAGGAUCAGGCUCUCUCGUCAACAACCGCACCUUAACCAUGAUCUCCGCCGCUCCCUUCUCGACCCCAUCCGUCUGAUUUCAGCCAAGCUCUUCUCCACCUCCAAAACCAACGACACCGACGAUGGUCAGAUCAUUAAGGUAGGGAGUAAAAGCAUAGAAGAUACGCCUGAUCAUGAAGUAGAACUCCAUCAAACUGAGCUUCUUCAAUUGUUUUCUGAAGAAGAUGAGGUGAGGGCAUUUUUUGAGAGGUUGGAUGAAGAGUUGAGUAAGGUGAACCAAUUUUACAAGACUAAAGAGAGUGAGUUUCUUGAGAGAGGAGAGACUUUGAAUCAGCAACUACAAAUCCUCAAAGACUUGAAGCAAGUCAUCGAUGGUGAUCGGAGACGGAAUUUGGAUAUUUUUUCACGUUCAUUGUCCAUCUCUCGUCAAAACUCGGAUUUAUCAGAGAGUACCCCAGGUUUACAUGAUAGUUCCCCGGAAAUCUCACAAGCAGAAGAGGUAAUCGCCGCGUUAGAAAGGAAUGGAGUGAAGUUCAUGAAUUCGACACCAACCACUGCACCAAGCGGAGCCAAGAGAAAGAAAGCCGGGAAGACGAAGGUGGCAAUGAGGAUCGACAUCCCGGCUACCACACCGACACGCACCAUCUCGGCCGUGACAUCAAUGCUGUGGGAAGAUCUGAUCAACAACCCCAUGAAACAAGAUCCUGCGGCGGGAAAUUUCAUCAACAGGAAGAAGAUAGAAUGUGCUGAAAAGAUGAUUAGGACUGCAUUUGUUGAGCUCUAUAGAGGCCUUGAAUUGCUCAAAACUUACAGCUCAUUAAAUAUGGUGGCGUUUACAAAGAUACUCAAGAAGUUUGACAAGGUAUCAAAGCAACAGGCAUCAGCAAGUUAUUUGAAAUCAGUAAAAAGAUCCCAUUUCUUGAGCUCCGAUAAGGUUGUUAGGUUAAUGGACGAAGUGGAAUGUAUAUUCACAAAGCACUUCGCCAACAAUGACAGGAAAAGAGCCAUGAAGUUCUUGAGACCACAGCAGCAGAAAGAUUCUCACAUGGUCACAUUUUUCUCUGGAUUGUUUACAGGUGUUUUUGUAUCACUUUUUGGUAUAUACAUAGUGAUGGCACACUUGAGUGGUAUAUUCUCACCCACCACUGAAACAGCUUACAUGGAAGCUGUCUACCCUGUUUUCAGUGUAUUUGCGUUGUUAAGCUUGCACUUGUUCUUGUAUGGAUGCAAUUUGUUGAUGUGGAAGAACACAAGAAUAAACUACAACUUCAUAUUUGAGUUUGCCCCAAACACUGCCCUUAAAUAUAGGGACGCCUUCCUUAUUUGCACCACUUUGCUGACUUCUGUUGUUGGGGCUUUGGUCGUUCAUCUUCUCCUCAGUGCUGCAGCCUUUCCUCCUACUCAUGUCGACACUAUUCCUGGAAUUCUCCUCCUGGUUUUUAUAACUUUGCUGGUGUGUCCGUUCGAUAUCUUAUACCGAUCGACUCGAUACUGUUUCCUUCGAAUAGUUCGUAACAUAAUAUGCUCUCCACUUUACAAGGUUCUGAUGGUGGAUUUUUUCAUGGCUGACCAACUUACUAGUCAGAUUCCAUUGCUAAGACACUUGGAGUCAACAACCUGUUAUUUUCUCUCCGGAAGCUUCAAAACUCACCAAUAUUCAACAUGCAAGAACGGACAACUUUACCGACAGCUUGUUUAUGUUAUCUCAUUUUCGCCGUAUUAUUGGCGUGCCCUGCAGUGUGCGAGAAGAUGGUUCGAUGAAUCAGAUCUGAACCAUUUGGCUAACAUGGGGAAGUAUGUUUCAGCCAUGGUGGCUGCCGGUGCUCGACUAACGUAUGCAACACAAAGCAACAGUCUGUGGUUCGGCAUAGUGCUGGUGACUUCGGUUGUGGCCACUAUUUACCAAUUAUAUUGGGAUUUUGUUAAGGAUUGGGGACUUCUUAAUCCUAAUUCCAAGAACCCUUGGCUUAGAGAUGAGCUGAUUCUAAAGAAGAAGAGCAUUUACUUCAUUUCCAUUGCCUUGAAUGUAGUUCUGAGAGUUGCUUGGAUCGAAAGCAUCAUGCGGUUUCAGAUCAAUCCAGUCCAGUCGCAUUUGUUGGACUUCUUCUUGGCUUCCCUAGAGGUAAUCCGACGAGGCCAUUGGAAUUUUUACAGGUUGGAGAACGAACAUCUAAACAAUGUCGGCAAGUUUCGGGCGGUAAAGACUGUUCCGUUGCCGUUCCGUGAGACGGAUUCUGAUUAACAUGAAUGAAAGUUUCAUCAUCAGAGCUGACAUAGAAGACAACUGAUAUUUGUAUAAGUCCCACGUGUAGGAAACAUUUUGCAGCAUCAAACUGCAAUUCUAAUUUGUGAUUUGCUGAUAUCUUAAUAUAUCUGAUGUUUUAGCCAAUCGCCAAAGGCAUUUU